CCCAUGCUGGCCAGCCGACCAGGUUCAAGGCGUUUGUUGCCACUGGGGACUACAAUGGCCAUGUCCGUCUGGGUAUUAAGUGUUCCAAGGAAGUAGCCACUGCCAUCUGAGGGGCCAUCAUCCUGGCCAUGCUCUCUAUUGUCCCAGUGUGGAGAGGCUACUGGGGGAAUAAGGUCGGCAAGCCUCACACUGUUCCUUGCAAGGUGACAGGCCGCUGUGGCUCCGUGCUGGUGCUCAUCCCUGCUCCUAGAGGAACUGGCAUUGUCUCUGUGCCUGUGCCUAAGAAACUGCUAAUGAUGGCUGGGAUUGAUGACUGCUACACGUCAGCCAGGGGCUGCAAUGCCUCCGUGGGAAACUUUGCCAAGGCCACUUUUGAUGCUAUUUCCAAGAGCUAUAGCUAUCUCCCUCCUGAUCUCUGGAAAGAGACAAUGUUCACCAAGUCUCCUUACCAAGAAUUCACAGACCAUCUUGUCAAGACCCACACCAGAGUCUCUGUGCAGAGGACCCAGGCUCCAGCUGUGGCUACAACAUAGGAUUUUUAUACAAUAACAAUAAAGUGAAUUGAG